AUGGACGACAUCAUCGCGGCAGGUUCGGCCGCGGCCGCCGCGUCUCCCGGGUUCGUCACCCAGGACGAGACGGUGGAUCUCAGCGGCGGCAUGGACGGCGAGCUCGGCUACGUCUACGGUGAGGACGAGCAGGAGGAGGACGACGACGACGAGGAGGAGCCGGCGCCUGUUCCGGCGAAGGGGCGCAAGAAGAAGAAGCAGGCGGCCAGGUCAGGCGAGGAUCAGCGCAUCGACAAGUGCCAGAAGUGGGCGGAAGUCCGGCACACCCUCGACAAGGCCAAGGAGACCUACAAGCCGGACACACCGACUCCUGGCGCAUCGGAAGGGCGGCCGGACGGCAACAAAGGUGCCAAGAAGGGGAAACACGCCGACGCGGCUACCGCUCGAGUGCACGAGUCCAUCGAGCACUGCCUCGCCGACACGCAGGCCCGGGCCGUCCUUCGUGAAGAGAAGACCGACGCGCGGUGGUCGGCGUUGAUGUCGAGCAGCGCCGUCAAGCUCGACCUGCUCCGGACCAACGUCGCCGCGAAGAAGAGAAACACCGACCUGGCUUCCUCGGCAACGCCGCCGACGCCGCCCCCAAGCCCGCGUGAUGACGCCUCCACGACGCCCAGCAGCACCGAAGCCGCGCCGACACCGCGCAGCGCAGAAGCAGCUCCGACACCGCUAAGCCCGCGCACGCCAACUCCGCCGACGCCUGGGGCAGAGCCUGCCGAGUGA